CUAUGUUCAACUAUAUGAAACAUACACUAUUGCUCAUUUAUUGAAACAUUAAUGUUUUAUCUUCUCGCUAACGACAUUGCUGAACACUGAUUAUUCUUAAUUAUACAAAAUGCCUAUGCUAUAUAUACAAUCAAUUUAUUCAAAUUAUUUAUCACUAUUUCUGAAUAUAGCAUAUACUUUAUGCGCAUAUACGAAGAGUAACCAACAUUCCAACCCAGGUCGAACUCACCCUAUCGGAUCCGAUGGGGAUUCAUCGGAAUCCUUGGCAUCGGAUUUCAACAGGAAGUUGUUGGAUGUCGGAAAGUGUCGGAAUGACCAGGAUUCAUGUUGGAAGGCCGAAAUUUCGACACUUUCCGACAUCCGACAACUUCCUGUCGGAAUCUGAUGCCAAGGAUUCCGACAACUUGCGACGAAUUCCUAUCGGAUCCGAUGAAAUCCUAUUGUUUUUCGAUAGGAUCCGACGCGAUCCAACUGUCGGAUUGUUCAUCCUGGGAAUACAUGUUCACUCUAUAAGCAGAGGAAUAUCAUUAGAAUACGAAACCAAAUAAUAUUAAAGAUCAAUAAAACUGAGAAAACUUCACAUCACCUGGGAUAUAAAACAUACAGAACAUUAACAAAAUUCAAAAACAUUGAUCAAUAACAGAAAAUCGACAUUUACUUUGAAUCUUAAGUGCAAAUUCAAUGUUUCAACCAAAUCCUAAUAAAUAUUUCUACUAGCAAGCAAAACUCUCGAAAUUAGGAGGGGAAAAUGACCAUAGAAAUCCCGAAACUAUCAAACAUGAAUAAAAUGAAAGAAAGUAGUUGUGCGAAAGGAAUCUUCAGUACAAUCGUUCACUUCCAAGCCAAACAAAACAUUGUUCAAUAUUGUUAUUCGAAAAUAUAUCGAUCAAUAAGAAAUAUCUAAAUAAACAUUCAGAUAUUUGCCCACUUAAAAUAACUUUCUUCCUAUCAUUUCUGCAAUCUUGUUCCAUUUCUAAGACCAUACGAAAAAUACAGCUUCAAUCGACACAUCUAUCCAUACUUAAUUAAACGCUGUUAGCGCAAUCCUUGCGGGACUAAAAUAUGAAACACGAUCUACAUAUUGUUUAUUAUCCAUUAAAAAACGGGUCUUUUCAAUGAAUUUUGCGGGAAAUCUCCCCAUCAUUGCUUAUUUCAGAGGAUAGAACUUCAAUGAGCAAAUAUUCAAUACAAAUUUCAAUUACAUGUCAGUUACUCAUGAUUUCCAACAGUUUCUUGAACGCUGCCUCUCACGGUCUAUGACGGCACUGAACUCUGUCUCUCACCGUCUGUGACGAUCCUGAACCCUGUCUGUCUUGGUGUGCGCGCAUGUAGGGCGGGAGGGAGGGGGGCCGAGCGGGAGUCCCAAUUACUGCCCCUAAACACUUCAACACUCGUUUUAAACCGUGUUUCAUAAAAUACAUAGUGCCUGUUCAUAAAAGUUCGUUCAAUGACGCCAACUCAUUAACAUAUUCCUCACUGACUGAAUUUUUCUCUUCAUCCAAAUAUAACGCUUAACCAACUAUCAUUGAUCAAAACUGCACAACACUAAAAUUCCACUACCUCCAAAUAUCAAUCAUAUCCUAAUAUAAGCUAACUCUCAACCGAAAGGCAUUUCAAACUGCGCAACACCAUAAAUCUCCAUCAAUCAUACUUUCAUAUUCAAUUUCCAAAACUUCAUAGAUGCCCCACAUCAAACAGGACGAAAAAUUUCCAAAUAAACUCCAUAAUUUCAUCAACAAAUAACAUCAAAGAUCAUUUUCAUAAUGAACAAAGAAUCUUUCCCACCAUACAUCCAUAAACCUGACAUCACCAUGAACAACAGCCAGAAAUUCACUUCCGUAACACUUCACGAACUCAAAUGCAUUUAAUACUCUAGCACCACACAAACAUGAAAUUCAAAACGAAACUAAACCACAAGAACAACCGGACGAAUAUGACAAUCUUGAUCGUCAUCUUGAUGAUCUUCUUGCUGCUCCUCAUGCUCCUGCUGAUCCUUAUGCUCUUGCUUAUGAUGCUGCUGAUUAUGAUUAUCCUUAUCGUGCUCGUCUUGCUGCUGCUCGUGCUGCUCUUGCUGAUGAUUAUGCUUAUGCUGCUGCUGAUGAUCUUCGUUUUGAUCGUGAUGGCAAUUUCAAAAAGAAAUGA